GUAUUGGUAUGUGAAGGCCUCGGGCCUCCCCGACCCCUCCGUCGAUCCGCCGCAGCAGCAGCAGCAGCCAUGGCGACCUCCACCACCACCACCACUCCACUCGUCGUCUCCUUCUCCCGCAGCUGCCGCUGCCCCUAUCCACACCGCCACUCCCCCGGCAAGCCCAAGCCCAAGCUGCCCCCUCUCCGCUCCCUCUCCCUCUCCCUCUCCCUCCGUACCGGCCCCCUCGCCGUCCUACCGCGGCGCCGGCGCGACGUGUCGGCGGCGUACGGCGAUGGCGACAUGGACGACGACUUCGGCGACUUCGACCCGGACGACGCGGACGGGGUCAGCGAGGACGACGACGUCGACAACGAGCAGGACUACGACGUCGACUACGACCGCCUCCUCGCCCCCGUCGUCAAGCCGCCGUUGGGGCCAGCGGCGGCAGAGGAGGGCGACAUCGCCAUGGUCGCCGCCGACAGCUUCGUCUCCACCCGGGAAUCCGCGUCCGAUACCGUUGUUGACUACACUGUGGAUGAGGACGAGUUCCACAAGAUUAGGCUGCUCCACUGUGACUUCCUUAUCCGCAAGGUGCCUGACCCCGACGACGACGUUUUCGACUUCAGAGAGAUGUAUGUCACGCCACCGGACACCGAUAUCUACUCCAUUCCAAGGGUUCUUGCCCCAAUGCCACAGAAGUAUGUGAGGUGCACGAAGAAAAACUUUGGCCGUUACCACGUGAGUGAGCCACCAGUUGAGCAUUUGCGUGACCCCCUGUACAAGACAGAGAGGGAGAUCAUGAAGGUUUUCUUAACCAAACACUAUAGAAACAGGCGCUCUGAUGACCCAGAAUUUUUUCUUGAUUUUGAGGAGAUUUAUGUUAUCGACUCAAAAACAAGGUCAAUCACAAGAGCUAAAGUUGUGGUUAGUGUUCCUGAAGGAAAGAAAAGAGAUAGGCGAAACGACCUACUACUGAUACGUGAUGGAGGAGAGUCUUUCAGAAUUAUCGACAAGACUAAAAGGGACGACGCGACCACUGUCAUCCAAAGAGAAGAGUGGGCAAAGUCAAGACAAGACGUGGAGAAGCAUUUUAGGAAGCUUAGAGACUUUGACUACUCGAAUUGGUUCUAGAAAAUGAUAUGCUGUGAUUGUGCCGUAUCUACUGUUGAUUCUUUUAGAGCUAGCCACUUGUUUGAUCAACUGAGAAAUACAAUUUUGAAUUUAGAUAGGUUCAGUGUAACACUAGUUAUAGCAAGUACGCCAUCUAGGGAGCAUGUAAGCUAAAAAAAAUUGUGAAUCUGUUGAAUGCCUUUUUUUUUCCUUUUCUUUUUUUUUCUUACGAAAUGAUUGCACUACUUGUUGAGUAGCGAACGAAUUUGUGGCGCUUUUGAGAUUGUUUCCA